CCUGCAGUACUUCCGGUUGGAGACGUGGCUCUACGCUGCUGCCAUAUUGGAGCUUCAGUCUCAGGAAGACGAGAGUUCUGUGGGUAAACGCAGAGAUAAUUCGGGAGGAAAAGAUUAACAUCAUUAAGGCUGUAUUGUCAAUGACUGCAUAAAUCAGCUAUUUAAAACGUAAAACAUCGCACACAGUGGAUAUGGUGCUGUUGGCGGCGGCCUUGUGCACCAAGGCGGGCAAGGCGGUGGUGUCGCGGCAGUUCGUGGAGAUGACGCGGACGCGCGUGGAGGGCCUGCUGGCCGCCUUCCCCAAGCUGAUGAACACGGGCAAGCAGCACACCUUCGUGGAGACGGAGAGCGUCCGCUACGUCUACCAGCCCCUGGAGAAGCUCUACAUGGUGCUCAUCACCACCAAGAACAGCAACAUCCUGGAGGACCUGGAGACCCUGCGGCUCUUCUCCCGCGUGAUCCCAGAGUACUGUCGCGUGCUGGAGGAGGGCGAGGUCGCGGAGCACUGCUUCGACCUCAUCUUCGCCUUCGACGAGAUCGUGGCCCUGGGGUACAGGGAGAACGUUAACCUGGCCCAGAUCCGCACCUUCACCGAGAUGGACUCGCACGAGGAGAAGGUGUUCCGCGCUGUCAGAGAGACCCAGGAGCGCGAGGCCAAAGCGGAGAUGCGGCGGAAGGCCAAAGAGCUGCAGCAGGCUCGGCGCGACGCGGAACGUUCCGGAAAGAAAGCGCCCGGCUUCGGGGGGUUCGGCAGCUCGGGGACGGGCAGCGGCAACUCCGCCGCCAUCAUCACCGACGCCCUCUUCGAGCCGGAGAAGCCGAAGGCGGCACCAGCGCCCGUCAGGCCCUCCGGCUCCAGUAAGGCCCUGAAGCUGGGGGCUCGGGGGAAGGAGGUGGACAGCUUCGUGAGCAAGCUGAAGUCUGAAGGCGUGGAUGUCAUCGCGCCCUCUUCAGGAAAGAGGUCCUCAGAGGCGUCUAAAGUCCUGCCUGCCCCCGUCAAUGUGGAGAGUGUUCACAUGAGGGUUGAAGAGAAGCUCUCCCUGACCUGCGGGCGGGACGGGGGGCUGCAGAACAUGGAGGUUCUGGGCAUGAUCAUCCUGAGAGUGAGCAGCGACAAGACGGGCCGCAUCCACCUGCACCUGAGCAACAAGGACAGCCGAGGCCUGCAGCUGCAGACCCACCCCAAUGUGGAUAAGAAGCUCUUCAGCACGGAUUCCAUCCUCGGGCUGAAGAACCCGGAGAAGUCCUUCCCUCUCAACAGUGAUGUGGGCGUGCUGAAGUGGAGACUGCAGAGCACAGACGACUCCCUAAUCCCUCUAACCAUAAAUUGUUGGCCAUCAGAGGGCGCCACAGGCUGCGAUGUGAACAUUGAGUAUGAGCUUCAGGAGGAGGGGCUUGAACUUAACGAUGUCGUCAUCACCAUUCCCAUUCCGUCAGGAGUGGGAGCACCAGUGAUCGGCGACCUGGACGGCGAAUACAGACAUGACGGCAGGCGGAACGUUCUGGAGUGGUGCCUCCCCGUCAUCGACGCCAAGAACAAGACGGGCAGCCUGGAGUUCAGCAUGGCCGGCCAGCCGAACGACUUCUUCCCCGUCCACGUCUCCUUCGUCUCCAAGCACAACUACUGCGACAUACAGGUCGUCAAGGUGACGCAGGUGGACGGAGACGUGCCGGUGAAGUUCUCCUCGGAGACGGCGUUCCUGGUGGACAAGUACGAGAUCCUGUAAAGGCCACAGCUGAGAACAGACUGCCUGGAUUACAGCUCAGAUACAGCACUUCAAAGGGGACUGAACCUUCGAGAGGCCCUUUCACCACAGUGUGCAGUAUGGCUGUGUUUAUACCUUUUAUAAAAGAAUAUAUAAUAUUAUGUAUGUAUGAGUUAAUUUCACUGAAAACUGAAUGCUAGUGCGCUGCAUCAGCAAAUGCAGCCGUUAAGGAGAGACGAAGGACCGCGAUCCGAUUGGACCCCAGGGGGUCGGUGGGUGUGGAAGCACUCUGCUCACGCUCAUGCAGGCUUCCUGUACGGGACGGGCGUGGGACCUGGCCAUCCAGGGAAGCCUCCCGGUCCUCUUGACAUUUCCCAACGUCCCGUUUCCCGAUGGAAGCCGCUCUGCCACGCCCUACUCAGGAGGAGCAGGAAGAAUCUAGGGCGUGCCUCUGCGGAUUUUCACCCGACCUUUCCCCCCGUAAAAAAAACGUUUAGGCAUUUCCGUUUGGCCUGUCCGAAAAGGUCCAGCAGACGGGAAGCUUGUUUUCAUCCUGGUCAGCAUCAGAGGUUUUUGAAAACUCAUCGCACCUGGUCGUUUUCCUGUGUGUCUGCCGAGCGGCCCACCCUGACCUUUCACCCUGUGAAAAACGGCUUGCGAUAGGUCACAGGUGUCUGUUUAAUAUUCAUCAGCAGGUGGUCUUUAUAAGGUGUGUAAGCCCUGCUCUGACCCACUGCUCCAUUUCCUCUCCGAAGAUUCUGUAGUCAGUGAAGCCAGAAGGGUGUGUAAUGGGGACCUCCUGUAAACACACAGGGCUUCCCUAGUGUAGCAGUAUGGCUGUAAUGCCAACCCCAGUGAUUAAGAUCGAAUGUCCACAGACCGCAGUGACACCUUUUGCGAUGAAGAGCUUUAGGCCAUUAGGCGUUCAUCCAAUACACAUACACCUCACCAUACAGAUGCAUACAUUUCAUCAUGCGUACAUGUCAUAAUGGACUUCCCUGACCUGGCAAAAGCUUCUCUGUUUACAUGUUAACAGACUGGACCGGGGACUUACCAGGCUUAAAGGACAAUGGAUAAAACAACAAUGUAAAUGGCACUUAACACAUGAGGGUGGCCUGUUGAAUGAAUGAUAGAACUGCAGUUUGUGUCACCCGGCACCUUCGGGUAAGUGUGGUGCCACCCGCAGUCCUGGCCGUUCGGUUUGCAAAGGGAGGGUCAUGCAGCACUGCGUCAGGCAGCGGACGUCAGCGGCACGCCGGUGCGUCCUCACUCCUGUGCUCUGUGACCGAGCGACGACUAAAGAAGAAUAAAUGCUGAAUAUUUGUUUCAUUUUUGCGUUGAGGUUAUGGUGGGGGGUAACAUUUUAAACUAUUAAAGCUUAUUGUGAAUUUUUA